AUGCAGAAAGUAAAUGAUGAUUGUUUCUUUUUUUUAACAUCAUCUUGUGCAAAAGGACAUACAUGUACCUAUCGACAUAAUCCAUCAGUUAUAGCUUGUAAUGUUAUGUGUCCUGCUUGGUUACGUGGGGCUUGUACUGAUCCAGCUUGUUCAUUACGUCACAGUUUUAUUCAACGUCCAGCACCACCGGUCAAUAAUGGAAUAACAUGUGCUUAUGAAAAUUCACCUACAGGUUGUCUUAAUCCCAAUUGUACAUUUUUUCAUUUACGCUCACGUCCAAAUUCAAGAAGUUCAUUAAAUGUUCGACCUUCAACGACAAAUCUUGUCAAUAAAGAAGUUAUUAAACCAACAAUUGUAGCAAAUUCUCCUUCUAUUCCUGAUGUUAUACCACAACAACCAAUUAAUGAAUUAGUAUCGAAUACACAAAUUAAUUCUUCUCCAAUCGAAACUCCAUCGAUACCUGUAACAACAGUUAAACCUGUAACUCCUCCACGUCGUAUUGCAAUUCCAAUAGAAAAUGAACAAACUGAAACUAUAGCUCGUAAUGUGAUAUCAGAUACUUCAGAAGAUACUAAACUUCAAUCACGAACAACUGGAAAUCGAAAUGUUGUUAUUGCUGAAACAGUGAAUAUUCCAAAUCGAAAAGUAGUACAUCGAGUUGUUGUUUCAUCAGAUACAAAUAGUUCAUCAAAGAAAGUUAUCAAUGAUAUUGAUAGUGAUAUCGAUCUAGAUGAUUUAAUUGAACCAGAAAUUGAUACAAAUAAAAUCAAUUCUUUGAUGGAUAUAUCAUUUCCAUGUUCAGCUCCAUCAAUUACAAAUCGUUUAUUUACAACAUCAAAACAAUCACCUUCAACAAAUAGUACAAAACCGAUUCGAUUAAAUCGUGAUCGUUUACCCGCAGCAAACACAACAACACCUAAACCUAUUUCUCCACCAUCAAAUGAAGAAAAAGUUAGAACAGGAUUAACACAAGAUGGUGAUCGUCGAACAAGUCGAAUUGAACGUUUUAAGAAGAAACAAUCAUCACCAACACGAUCUGUUGUGAAUACUGUAACUCGUAAUGUGAUCAAUUCAAAACGUCCAGCAUCAGAACAACUAACAAAUGAUUCUCCACCCGUAAAACGUAUUUAUUCUCAACAAGAUAAUAAUAAUCAUCAUCAGCAGCAACAUCAUCAGCAUCAUAACAAUAAUAAUAAUAAUAAUACAACGAUUGGUGAUUUAUGUUCAUCAACGUCAAAUUCUCGUAGACCACAUGAACGACAGCAACGUCGUCGUCGUCCUUCAUCCUCAUCAUCCUUCUCAUCCACAUCAUCGUCAAUGUCAUCAUCUCCACCACAAAGAAAAUCACCUCCUCGUCAACCGUAUUCAUCAUUACCAACAAUGAAUGAUUCUGCAUGGAAAAACGAAGUCGAUGCAUUUCUAGCUAGAACUUCACAACCAAAAACUCCAUCCCAAGCAUUUUCCGCGCUACCUAAACCGGUGUCUUUACUAUCUAUACGUCCACAGUACUUCUCACCACCACCACUAAUGCAACAAUCAUCACAAUGGCAAGCUUCUCCUCGGCAAGCUCCUCCUCGCCAACCUUCUCGGCCACGAAAACAAUCAUUCGGUACUACCAAACAACCAACAGCACCGACGAUCAUUGCUCCACCAAAACCUGUUGAAAAAAUUCCAUUAGAUAAUAAUCCACCACCACCACCACAACCACCAUCGCCAAUAAGCUCAACUCAGGAAGAUGAAAAUCUAUUGCUUAAACUUGAUGACCCUACCGAUAUUGGUGAUCAAUUUGCUUUAAUUGAUGAAGUAUUACUUGAAACUGAAGCUGAUCAUCUUCUUGAACUUAUGUGA